AGAAGUUUGGUGGUUCCUUCUUAGACUUAGAUGAUUACUUCGCUAUCUUCUUCACUCCAGCUAUAAAAAUAGACGCUCUAACUUUCUAAAUUUCAAUAUCCAUCAUUUUUUUUACUCUAGCUAGCUGAUCAGACUUUCAACUUCCACCACUUUUGUUUCACAAUAAGGGAAACCUACCUUAAUAUAUCAUAGCCUUGUCUAGAAUGGAUGAGAGAAUUGAGAGGUUGAAGCAGAUUGCUCAAUAUGGAAAUAUCGAUGCCUUUUACAAGUUAAUUCAGGAGGAUGUAAAGCUUUUGGAGGCUAUUGAUGAGCUACCAUUUGUUGAUACUCCUUUACACAUAGCUGCAUCAGUUGGGAACGUCCCAUUUGCCAUGGAGAUGAUGAGGUUAAAGCCAUCACUUGUCGGCAAGCCAAAUCCAGAUGGGUUUAGCCCUCUUCACCUUGCUCUAAUACGUGAGCAAAUUGAGAUGGUGCAUCGACUUCUACAAGUCGAUGGGGACCUUGUUCGCGCAAAAGCAAAGGAGGGUAUGACUCUUUUGCAUUAUGCAGUAAUAACAGGUGAUCACCUUGAUCUACUAGUCGAAUUUCUAUCAAUUUGUCCUCAUUCUAUUGAAGAAGUGACAAUUCGAAACGAGACCGCUUUACAUAUUGCUCUAAAAUACGACAAGUUGGAGGCUUUUAAACUCUUGGUGGGAUGGCUCAAAAAAAAUAGGUGUAAAAAUUCCAUGUUUUGGGAGAGGAAAGUCUUGAACUGGAAGGAUGGAGAAGGAAACACUGUAUUGCAUGUUGCAAUAUCCAAAAAUCAGCCCCAGGCUGUAGAUCACUUAUUAGCUUCGGGAUGUGAUGUUGACGUCAACGUUAAGAAUUUAGAGGGUAAAACAGCACGGGACAUCUUUCACGAACAAACUCAAGUGGACAAACAGAUCGAGCCUUUGCUACGCCGUGCUGGAGCUAAGAAAGCUUCAUCUCUUAAAGUUACUCCUUCGGCAGAUUAUUACCUAAGGCGUAAAGUCUCACUUCCUGAGAAGUUGCGAAUACGGCGUAGUCGUCAAAAGUGGUCAAUAUCAGAUGACAAGCGCAAUGCACUUCUGGUGGUUGCUACACUGCUUAUAACGGUGACCGAUCAAGGAAUACUCAGCCCUCCUGAGGGGCUCAGGCAAGAUGACCCAAAUCCUGGAACCACAGCACCUGAUGGAGAAUUUUGGUUGGGCAUCUUCAUUAUGUUAAAUUCUGCGACGUUUAUGCUCUCGCACACAAUAAUUUUUCAGCUCAUUCCAUCUGGGUACUUUUAUGUGGUGCUCCAAGCAGCCCUUUUCUUCCUCUAUGCUUGCUAUUUUGUUUCAUGGACAGUCCUCGGGGUUUCAUAUUUGGUAUUUUUUAUGUUAGUUUUUGUUUCUUCCCUGCUUUAUAAUAUCGUGGUAGGAAUGGAUUUUUCUUCUUGGAGAAAAAGAAGGCAUAAGGCUAGUCAAUAAAAGACUGCAAGGUUCAAUGCUAAGGCGUUUCCCAAUUCGUUCCUGGAAGAAGAAAAGUAAUGGGCGGGGAUACCUCAAUAUUGGGAUGGAAGAGCUACCUCAACUCAAUGAUAUUAGAUGGAAAAAUAAAGCUGUGUGCAUCUGAAAUGUAUGUCAAAUUUUAUUUUUGUUUCUUCUCAAGCUAAGAACUUUUUAGUAUUAAAUUAAGCUUAUGUUUCUACGGGCAUAAUUGGAGGAUUCUAAUUGAAAUCCGCACUGUCAUCUAUGCAUUAUCUAAAUUUUGAAUUUGUAAUCCAAAUGAUGUUGAUUUUAUGGCU